AUGCAUGGCCAGGCCAAUCCUGGGGAUGUCCUAAUUCCCUUGGAUAUCAUGCUCAAGGCGAAGGAGCGCUCGAUGGCGCGUUCGAAAGAGGGUCUUCGAGACUUUUGCCUGAGUCUAGAGCAGCCGCAAAUGCACUCCGUGUUGGACUGCUUACCUUGUGUGGUGGGACUUCCACGCAACGUCUUCCUCAACAGGUUAGCUAGCAUUGGAGAAUGUGUUUCUAAGUGUCGAAAGGUGGCAACCGUGAGUAUUAUUGAGACGAAUAUUGAUGCAAUCAGUGAUUUCAUCGAUGAGGGAGCCGCUGCUAGUAUCAGUAAACGAGUUGAAACUGUAAAAAGAGUCGAAGCCCUGAGACAACUCUGUGAGCUAGCAAAUACACCACGACGAUUAAAAGAUUUUGACGAGUGGGUAAAGCAUCACACCACUCAGUUACACAACGCUCUCAUUUUCUGUCUGAACGCUGAGAAUCCAGUGAUUGUAGAAGAGGCCUCUCUCACGAUCGCUUUUCUGGCCCGAAAGCUCCAUUUCUCCCUUCUCAAGGCGGCAGAAACGCUCAUAACUGCGAUGGUGACAGCUAUAGCGGUUGCUAUGGCUCCUACAGAAAGUCAUGUAGAGCAGAUGAGAAAGGCAUUGGAUUUUCAUGCAGAGAUGGAGAUUUCUAAGGGCAGAACAUUGGAUUUUCACUUCCCCCGUCUUAAUUAUGAAUUUGUAGAGCCUAAAUUUCGCCCCAUUGGGUAUGUGUAUUAUGCAAUAGCCGACUUUCUCUAUAAUGUCCCACAUCCAUUUUUGAUUCAUUAUUUUCAAUGUCGGAUUUUACGUCGAAAAGAGAUGACGAGGAAACAUCUCUUUAAAAUCCUCUUUGCAUUAAUUGAGAACAUGGGAGAACUAGAAGAAUUUGCCAAGAAACAUUGUCCGCGUGUCGAGAAACCGAAACCACAGAUAGUGGAGAAGCCUCCUCCCAAUACUGGAAUUUUCAAACCCACUACGCCUUCAAGUGGAUUUCCAAAACAGUCUUCAGUGAGGCAGGGAGCAACAGAUGAAGCAGAGGGGGAAUCUGAGACAUGGAUAUACAAGCCGGAGGUGUAUCGUAGGGAACAAUGGGAGACACUCCCAUCUAAGCUAUACGUUGAGAUGUUGCGCGCGUAUCAUGAUCGUAACGCAGAGAACCGAAACAUCAUUGCCAAUAUCAUGGCUGUUCUGAGGUCGAUCGCUCAUGUGAAACUACCCGCACUGGACUUGACUAGUGGAAGCAAGCUGGAAUACCUGAGAGAUGACUCAAUCGAUAGGUUUAGUAAACGAAUUCGUAUUGCUACACCGAAGUUGGCGGGAAGUGAAAGUGGAGAAGCUGAAAUGGAAGCAGAAGGAGAAGAAGACACGAUUCAGGAGGCAUUAAAAAAGGACAAUCGUGACACGACAAUGUUGAAGGUAGUGCUCCCAGGAGAAGGAGAAGGGGUAGCCUCUGCAUUGCUGGAACAAAGCAAAGAGCCCGAGGAUAGGAGUGACAAAGAUGACUAUGAGGAUGAAGGCGCUGGUGCUGGCACUGCUGACAGUCAGAGCGAGUCAGCUAGUUACCAAAGCGAUCCCGAGACUAUGCGAGCCAUUAAUCGACCUACAGUUCUCCUCGCCCGUCCACCUAAGCUAAGCAAACUUAAAUUGUGA